AAAUUAAGAAUUAAAAAUAAAAAAAAUAAAAACCCCUUUUCAUUUACCAUCCUCAAAUCUAGGGUUCCUUUCUCUCUGCGACUCAUCAGCUCAUCCAGCAUGGAGAGCUAUUGGCAAUUGGGGGAUGAACUACGAGGCCAAUCAAAGGUCUCCGAGGAUCAGAAAUGGUAUGCAGCUGCUUCAAGGUUGGCUGAACAGACAAGGUUAAAGGGUGAACGAAGGAAUAAUCUAGAUCUUUCAAAAUUUUCUGCCGACACCACAAGGCCCAGAGAAAAUGUUGAAGAAAACAAAUUCGAAAGCCUCAACUUCAACAUGUUAAAUCUGAAUCUCGACAUGAAGAUGACCGAUAACAUCCACAAAAACUCCCUUCGGAAUGCAGUCUAUCACAAGGGAAACAAUAGAAUUAUGGAGAACAUGACUAGUGGUAAGUAUCCUGGAAACAGUCACAACAACAAGGAUCUCAACAGCAACAGCAACAGUAAUGAUAACAACAACAUCAUCAAUGCUGCUGACAAGAGAUUUAAGACCUUGCCUGCUGCCGAGACCCUCCCUAGGAAUGAGGUUCUGGGUGGAUACAUCUUUGUCUGUAACAAUGACACUAUGCAGGAAGAUUUAAAGAGACAGCUGUUUGGUUUGCCACCAAGAUACAGAGACUCUGUUCGAGCAAUUACCCCUGGAUUACCUCUGUUUCUGUAUAACUAUACCACUCACCAGCUGCAUGGUAUUUUUGAGGCAACAACUUUUGGUGGUUCUAACAUUGAUCCAACUGCUUGGGAGGACAAGAAAUGUAAAGGUGAAUCUAGGUUCCCUGCUCAGGUGAGAAUUCGUAUAAGGAAAGUGUGCAAAGCAUUGGAGGAAGAUGCCUUUAGGCCAGUGUUGCAUCACUAUGAUGGUCCUAAGUUCCGGCUUGAGCUGUCGAUCCCUGAGACCCUGGACUUGCUAGAUCUUUGCGAACAAAAUGGGGUUUGAAAGAUGCAGUGGCAGCAAGCAAGUGUGUGUUGUAGGAAAGAAGGAGCAAGCAGCAAGCAUUUUCUUCCGUAAAAGCGCAAGCUUGGGUGAAGUUGUUUUUGAAUAAUGAAUAUGAAUGUUGGCGUUUGUGUGAAGAAGAAGAAGAAGAAGAAAUUAUUAUUGUUAUAUAUCUCUUGUUGGUAGGUUUAGGUUUGUGUUUGUGUUUGUGUUUGUGUUUUAAUUAAUCAAAUGAAUAGCAGCUGCUGCUAAUGCUAUGUGUUAUGAAGAAGAUGAUGAAUUAGGAGAUAUAUAACUUUACUUUUGUGUG